GUUGGCGUGGUGGUCGCCGGUGUUGUCCCGGCCUCCUGACUGGAGGACCAGGAACGUGAGCCAGGCACCGGCCCGGGACGUGCCCAUCCGUUCCAUUAGCCUUAAAUGUCUGAGCAUGAACAUGGCAGAAGGGGACACCCUGAUCUCAGUGGAUUAUGAAAUUUUUGGGAAGGUGCAAGGGGUGUUUUUCCGCAAGUACACUCAGGCUGAGGGUAAAAAACUGGGAUUGGUAGGCUGGGUCCAGAACACUGACCAGGGCACAGUGCAAGGACAAUUGCAAGGUCCCACCUCCAAAGUGCGUCAUAUGCAGGAAUGGCUGGAAUCAAAAGGAAGUCCCAAAUCGCACAUUGACAGAGCAAACUUCAACAAUGAGAAAGUCAUCUUAAAGUUGGAUUACUCAGAUUUCCAAAUUGUAAAAUAAUGACCUGAAUUUAAAUGUUCCAAGAGAAAGUCAGUGGUUUUGUUUUUUCUUGUUAAUAGAGAUAGAAUUAUUCUGAGUUUAAUAUUAGAAUUUGUCAGUAAGUUAUUUUAGUAUCAGACACCUGAAUAUUACUGUGUAUAUAUGUAUAAUGGAAGGAAUAAUUACAACUGUACACAAUUCUAAUAAAACACAUCAGAACCAUU